UCGGUGAUGACAAGCGAAUGGACAUUUCAAUGAUACGGGCACUGUCAAGCCCUUACAAAUGUUAGCAUACAGUCUGACUAGCUGACGAUGGCUUUGCUCAUUGCCUUAUUGAGCUAGCUUGCCAGGGAGCAAGACAAUCACCGUGUCAGCCAAUCAGUGAGUUGCGACCAACCGACCUACCGAGCUAACGGCCGCACGAGCGAGCCAGUGAGCUAAAGGCCGCCAUGACGGAAUGCUUCCUGCCGCCCAGCAGCAGCCCCGCGGAGCAGCGUCGCUCGGAGCACCCCAGUGGGGGUGUGGCCAGGACCCCCAGCUCAGAGGAGAUCAGCCCCACCAAGUUCCCAGGACUCUACCGCACGGGCGAGCCCUCGCCGCCGCACGACGGCCGCCAUGAUGACCACCACCAACCCGACGCCGCCUCCGACGAGGACAAGGAACACAACCGCAAGAAGAACAAGUUCAAGAAGAAGGAGAAACGCACUGAGGGCUACGCUGCGUUCCAGGAGGACAGCUCUGCAGAGGAGGCGGAGAGUCCCUCCAAGAUGAAGCGCUCCAAGGGCAUCCAUGUGUUCAAGAAGCCGAGUUUCUCCAAAAAGAAGGAAAAGGACUUCAAGGUCAAGGAGAAGCUGCCAAAGGACGAGAAGAAGGACAAAGACAAGAAGGCGAAGGACCUGACCGCCGCUGACGUGGUUAAGCAGUGGAAGGAGAAGAAGAAGAAGAAGAAUAAGGGUACCACUCCCAGUGCUGAGCCGGAGCCGGGCGCCACGGAGACCGUUGCCAUGUUGAGGCCCAUCUUCGGCGCCCCGCUGGAAGAGGCGGUGAGGCGCACAGCACUCUACGACGGAAUUCCGCUGCCUGCCGUGUUCCGCGAGUGUGUGGACUACGUGGAGAGUUACGGCAUGAAGUGCGAGGGGAUCUACCGUGUGUCUGGUAUGAAGUCUAAGGUGGAUGAGCUGAAGGCAGCGUAUGACCGCGAGGAGUGCCCAUGCCUGGAGGAAUACGAUCCCCACACGGUGGCCAGCCUCCUCAAGCAGUACCUACGAGAACUCCCCGACGGGUUGCUAGGACGUGCCGUGGCGACACGCCUGGAGGACGCGUGUGGGCGCCCGAGCGAGACGGAGCGCGUGCAGGAGUGCCAGCGUAUCCUUAGCGAGGUGCCAGUGUCGGCACGACUGCUGCUUGCCUGGCUCGUCACCCACAUGGACCACGUCAUCGCUAUGGAAGCGGACACCAAGAUGAACAUUCAGAACAUCUCCAUUGUGUUGAACCCCACCAUACAGAUUGGUAACCGGGUGCUGUACCUGUUCUUUACCCACGUGCGUGAGCUGUUUGGGGAGGUGGUGCUGAAACCCGUGGUGAGGCCGCUACGCUGGUCCAACAUGGCUACCAUGCCCACCCUGCCAGAGACCCAGGAGAGCAUUAAAGAAGAGAUCAGACGACAGGAGUUCCUGCUGAACUGUCUUCAUAGGGAUCUGCAGGCGGGGGUGAAGGACCUGUCCAAAGAGGAGAGACUGUGGGAGGUGCAGCGCAUACUCACCGCUCUGAAACGCAAGCUGAGAGAGGCCAAGAGACAGGAGUGUGAGACUAAGAUUGCCCAGGAGAUCGCCAGUCUCUCCAAGGAAGACGUCUCCAAAGAGGAAAUGACGGAGAAUGAGGAGGAAGUCAUCAACAUCCUAUUGGCACAGGAGAAUGAGCUGCUAACGGAGCAGGAGGAGCUGAUAUCGCUGGAGCAGGUGCUGCGUCGCCAGAUCGCCACGGAGAAGGAGGAAAUCGAGAGACUAAGGGCAGAGAUAGCAGACAUCCAGAGUCGGCAGCAGGGCCGCAGUGAGACGGAGGAGUACUCUUCGGACAGCGAGAGUGAGAGUGAAGAUGAGGAGGAACUUCAGCUGAUUCUGGAGGACCUGCAGAAGCAGAACGAGGAACUGGAGAACAAGAACACCCAUCUCAAUCAGGCCAUCCACGAGGAGCAGGAGGCCAUCUUGGAACUGCGCGUCCAGCUGCGGCUGCUGCAGAGCCAGAAGCCCGUUGCUGCGGCAACCUCAGAACAGGCUCCGCCCCCCCAGCCCGCCCCUGACGACGCUGUUGCAGCCACCGCAGCCGACACGGUUGCCAUGGCGGCCGGAGGCACCAACAGCAACAACGCAGUGGCUGCUGUGGACGCCGUCGCCACAUUGCCAACUGCUGUCGGCGUGGUGAAUGGGAAGCCGGCGAAAGACGCUCUGAAGCCGUCGCCAAGCAAAGACAACAGGCGGGAGAACAACAUGUGAAGCCCCCUCCCAUCACCUGGCAACCUGCUCCCCUUGCAACCCCCAACGCACUCACACAGCAUGUCCGUGUUGAAAGGCAUAAUGAACGCAAAGACAUAAUAGUUAUGCGCAAAUCCCGAAUUGAUUGAUUGAUUGUGUGUGUGUGUGUGUGUGUGUGUGUGUGUGUGUGCGUGUGUGUGUGUGUGUGUGUGUG